AUGUCGGCCUUCCGGCUGCUGGCUGCUGGCUCCUCUUCCGUGACGCGGCUCGGGGCCAAGGACGGGCAGCCUUUCCGCGCCGAGGCGCCCGCCGCAGCCACUGAAGACCUGCCGGGGAACGCGGUCCGAACGAGCAGCCUGGAGCAUGAAUGGCGGAAGACCGCUCCCUGCCGUAAUUGGCCGCCGGCGGCACCCAUAAAGGGCUCUGCAGGUCUGCCGCCGCCCCCGCCGUCGUCUGCCGCCCACCUGGCCAGGAGGCAGGCGAGUGCACCGCAACCUGCUGCCCGCGCGGGCUGCCCCUUUCCGACGUCUCCGCUAACUGCUCUCAUUGCGUCGCCACCGGGCAAGACGUCCCCACUGGAGACCACCGAGUCCUCCGACUCCGCCUCCCGGCACCUGCCCUGUGCGCUGCGGCUCGCUUUCCACGGCAGCUCCAGCUCCAGCCGCCGUGCAGGACCCCUACCUAGGCCGGCGGCCACUCUGCAUCUCGUGAGAAACCAUCAUGCAUCUAACCAGUUAAAGCCAAGCGCAGCGAUGGGUGGUAGUGCGUCCGACCUUGCACCGAGUGGGCUGAGCGGCCGUAAUGGCGGCUCGGCGGCAGCGGUCGGCGCGCGGCUGCUGCGGACAAACACGAAGAGCGCGGCCGAGCAGGCGGGGCCGUGUGUGGUGCCUGCCGGGGCCUGGUACGGCCGCUGCACAGCUCUGACCGCUGCAUCCGUCGUGGCGUCAGCAGCGGAGCGGCUGCCCGCGACAGCGAAACGGCAGGAGCGGCUCUCAGCUCCGCAGCCUUAG